CCUCUUGCUCGCCUCCCAUUGCGUGGGUGCUAUGGCAACGGAGGGAGCCUGCGACCUGGGUUCCGGAAGCGGACGAGCUGGAGCUUUGAAGAUAGCCGGGUCUAAAGAUGCUGAGUCCGGAGCGCCUAGCCCUACCGGACUACGAGUAUCUGGCACAACGACAUGUCCUUACUUACAUGGAGGAUGCCGUAUGCCAACUGCUGGAGAAUAGGGAAGAUAUUAGCCAGUAUGGAAUUGCCAGGUUCUUCACUGAAUAUUUUAACAGCGUAUGCCAGGGAACUCACAUCCUCUUCCGGGAAUUCAGCUUCGUCCAGGCCACCCCCCACAACCGGGCAUCAUUUCUGCGGGCCUUCUGGCGAUGCUUCCGAACCGUGGGCAAAAACGGUGACCUGCUCACCAUGAAGGAGUACCACUGCCUGCUGCAGCUGCUCUGCCCGGAUUUCCCGCUGGAGCUCACGCAGAAAGCAGCCAGGAUUGUGCUCUUGGACGACGCCAUGGACUGCCUGAUGUCCUUUUCAGAUUUCCUCUUUGCCUUCCAGAUCCAGUUUUACUACUCAGAGUUCCUGGAGAACGUGGCAGCCAUCUAUCAGGACCUGCUGUCAGGCAAGAACCCCAACACAGUGAUUGUGCCAACAUCGUCCAGCGGGCAGCACCGCCAGCGGCCGGCCUUGGGCGAGGCCAGCAUGCUGGAGGGAGUAGAGGCAUCACUGUUCUACCAGUGCCUGGAAAAUCUGUGUGACCGGCACAAAUACAGCUGCCCACCCCCAGCUCUCGUCAAAGAAGUCCUUAGCAACGUGCAGCGGCUGACCUUCUAUGGGUUCCUCGUGGCCCUCUCAAAGCAUCAUGGGAUCAACCAAGCCCUAGGAGCUUUGCCUGACAAAGGGGACCUGAUGCACGACCCUGCCAUGGACGAGGAACUGGAGCGGCUGCUGGUCCAGGUCCCAGGCCUGGUCAACUCGGUCACUGCCACGCCUGAGGCCAGCAACCUGCCUUCCCGGACCCCUCCCCGGGUUGGCUCCCCCUGGAGACCCCUCCACCACAUCCGCAAAGUGGACGGUGAGAGCGAUGGCUCCACUGAAGAGACAGAUGAGUCUGAGACUUAGGAGUCCAAAAGGUCCUGUGUGCACCUGUUCCCUUGCUCCAACCACCCUAGUAUUGCCACACACCUGCUUUGCCCACACCUUGCUGUCCUCUGCUGGUGAAAAGACUAACAGCCUAGCCUAGAGACCCGCUGGCGUCAGCCCUGCCCACCCCUAGGGCGCCAGCCCUUGGACUUCAGUCCAGCCCCAAGCUGGCAGGCUUUGCUGAGGCCACAUGACCACUGGCUGGGACCUCUUGUGGGCAGUCAUCCAAUCCUCCUGAACCAGAGCAGACCCUGCCAGCCUCUGCUGCCCUCUAGUCGGGCUCACUUCACAGCUGCCCUAUUAGGCAAAAUAGAACAGCAUUGUGGGGACCCUGCACUGAUAAGGGAGCUCGUAGG